CAGAAUUAUGUGUCACAUUGCAUCAAUUUUUGUUUUUAUCAUUAUCAGACAGACUUCAUGCAUCAAAGAUGAUGGAACAUGUAUACGAAAAGAAGAAUUAGGAGGAAAACAUUAUGUAAAUCUUACUGUUUGCUGCGAUAAUUACGAACAAGACAAUAACAAAUGCAUUGAAUGUGCAGUUGGUUAUACAUCAAAAUCCGGUUUUCCAUGUGAGCAAUGUUCGAUGAAAACAUAUGGAACAAAAUGUUUAGAUCAGUGUGAAUGCACAGUAGAAAAAUGUGAUCACGUGAGAGGGUGUACCAGUGAAUCCCCCUCUAAUGAAAGUAUCUCUGUAAACAUAACGAUGGAAAGCACCGUAUGGUUGCAGACCUCUUGGCCUAGAACAGUAACAGACACAUAUGGAUAUUCUUCAGGUUUACUUGUAUAUGUAAUUUGUGCAGGAUGUGUGACAUUUGUUAUAACACUAACGGGAAUAGUGAUGAUACAUAAGAGGAAAAGAAAACGAAGUUAUUUAACAGUUCACCAUCAAGUUAACAACAGUACGAAUCAACAAACACAGGACUUGUCUGAUGAGCAAUAUACAACAAUUUUGUAAAUAAUUGUUAUGAAAAUGCAAAUAUAUUAGACAGAGCAUACGACAUUCGUAAUUCACGUUUUUAAGCAGUGUGUUGCGUCUUUUUUGUCUAUGCCAUUGCAUUGAAAGACGUGUCUUUAAAGUACACAAAUCAUUAUAAGGGCUGUUUUUGCGCGAAACAAACUUAUUUCAUUAGCGAUGACCAAAUUUAAAAACAAGAUGAGUAUUUAUAUGACCUACUUCAUGUAUUCAAACGUACAGCGUAUCAGCUAAAAAAAUAAAUUUUCCGUUGAG